GACUGGAUGGCAAGUCUACCAGCGAGGUAUCAUGACGUGCCUCUUUACUGCCUUGCAAUACCAGGAAGCCACAACUCAUUCAGUUUUUACCUUGACCUUGAUUCUAAGAUUGACCAAAACAGUGACCCGAUUUAUCGACAGUUGUGCGAUGACCUUGGGGAACUAGCCUCGAAAAUCUCUUACAGAUGGACCGUCACGCAGUCGCUCAGUCUUACCCAGCAACUAGACCUUGGUGUGCGCUACUUCGACAUGCGCGUCACCGCCCGGAAGGGCGAUAAGGAGGAUCUGAACGUCUUCUUUCGGAACGGCCCGAAUAUCAUCCGGGCACUGAAGGAGAUCCGCAGAUGGAUGGACCUCCACCCGAAAGAAAUUAUUCUAUUGGAUUUCAGAGUGGUCCACAAGAUGAGCUCCGCCCAGCACCGCUAUCUCAUCGCCAACAUGGCGGAAGACAUCUUCCGCAAUCGGAUGUUGGAGUACACGGGGGUCGUGUCGGGAAUCACACUGCGCAACAUGUGGGCGAUUGACUCGCAGAUCAUAGUGUUCUACCCGACUGAGUGUAUAUUUGAGCAUAUCUGCAUCUGGCCAAACGAACAUAUCGGAUACGUGCAUCCCUGCGCGCAGACGACACGUGACAUGGUCUCUUGCCUUAACACGCGCUACGAGCACGGGCGGCCGCCGCAUCUCUUCUACUGCUGGGACGGUGUGAUGACGAUUACCAACGAUUACCUGGCAAAUAAUCUCGACGGAACUUUGAAGGACAAGUUGUCGAAACCUGCGACGAAGGCGAUUGUGAACUGGGUAAGAAACAAAGACAUUCGCCACGGUGAGAUGAACGUCGUAGUGGCUGAUUUUGUGGAGAUGUUCGACUUUUGUGAUGAAGUUAUUCGGCUAAAUUAUGAAGUAAGAGAUCUGAAACGUUACGACUUUGAAAGUGGAAUGUGCUCGAUUGUAUAA